AUGGAUGCAUCGGCAAUCUAUCAGGCAGUGGAUGCGACGUAUUCGUCCAUCGCAUCCCAAGCCCAAGCCCGAUCAAACCAACCACCAACCGCUCAACCCCAGUAUGUCCAGAUUGCCCGUUCGUUUGGCUACUCCGCCAACGACCUUGCACUGCUUCCGACCGGAGCCAAUUUCGGUCUCUCAUGCGGCAACCCGCUGGCGACGGCGCACCUCCAGCCCUCGGAGACGAUGGUCGACCUCGGCUCUGGCGGCGGGCUCGACUGUCUAAUCGCCGCCAGGCAGAUGCUCCAAGCCGACGCGGCGCCCACGGGAAAAGUGGUGGGCGUCGACCGGAGCGAGAGCAUGAUCGGGCUGGCUCGGCAGAACCUCCAGCGGGCAGAUCUACCCGCCGGUCUUGUCGAAUUCAUCCACGCUCCCAUCAGCGAGAUCCCGCUCGAAACCGCCAGCGUCGAUGUGGUGGUCAGCAACUGCGUCAUCAAUCUGGUGCCGGACCAGGACAAGCCUCGCGUCUUUCGCGAGAUCUAUCGCCUGCUGAAGCCUGGAGGAAGGGUGGCGAUCAGCGACCUGCUCGCGAAGAAGCCCAUGCCCGACCAUAUCCGCCAGGACGCCGCGUUGCUGGUGGGCUGCGUCGCCGGGGCCAGUCUCGUGCAGGACUAUCGACGGUGGAUAGCGGAUGCCGGGUUCCACGACGACGGGAUGGCGGUCGUCGACACCGGGAAAGACUUGAAUGUUUACCAUGGCCAAGAUGGCCCAAGUCCAAGUCCAUGUUGUAAGUCUGGAGUCGCCGAAGAAGGCACCGGGCGUGGCGGUUCUUCGGUCGAUUUCAAUGCCUGGGUUGCUUCGUACCAGAUCUACGCUGUCAAAUGA